AACUUGUUCAAUCGCAUGCCCUACUAAUUAUAUCACAAAAUACAAUCCGAAGCUCUAAUUAAUUAUAAGCCGAAAAAUUAGAAAAAAUUAUACAAAAUUCCUGCUAAUGAAAACUCGUCUACAGCGACCUCCCGAUACUAUUUUAAUUAUUUUCCAAAACACAACCAAACCACGCUCUCUCUCUCUCUCUCUCAUAUAUACAAACAAAGCCCGGCCAUCUUUCUUGCUCAAGGCAUUUCCCAACUACUCAUUCCCCCAAAGUUGAAGCUCCAAAAGCAUGGAGCUUCACCCCUUCCGAAAAGCCCGUAAUCUGAAAAGAAGAACAAAAAUCAUUUGGAUACUAACAGCGGCAGCGAUAAUAGUCGUGAUAGCAAUCCGCGUAAACAAGCCUCGCUACUCUUCUCCGCCAUCGACGCCUCCCAACAAUAAUCCUCCCGCACAAGAUAUCAAGAUAAUCGACAGCCGCGAGAAAUGUGAUAUCUUCAGCGGCGAAUGGAUCCGGAACCCGGAGGCCCCGUAUUACACGAACAAGACGUGCUGGGCUAUCCACGAGCACCAAAACUGCAUGAAAUAUGGACGCCCCGAUUCCGAGUUCAUGAAGUGGAGGUGGAAGCCCGACGGCUGCGAUUUGCCGUUGUUCAACCCCUUCCAGUUCCUCGAUAUCGUCCGCGGCAAGUCCUUGGCCUUCGUCGGAGAUUCUGUUGGGAGGAACCAGAUGCAAUCCAUGAUCUGCCUCCUCUCCCGGGUGGAGUACCCGAUCGACGUCUCCCCGACGGCCGACGAGCACUUCAAGCAUUGGAGGUACGUCAACUACAACUUCACAAUGUCUUAUUUUUGGUCGCCGUUUCUCGUCCGCUCCACCGAGAGGGACGCCGGCGGCCCCACAAACACGGGCCUCUUCAACCUCUUCCUCGACGAGUUCGACGACUCGUGGACCUCUCAAAUCCACGGCUUUGACUACCUCAUCAUCAACGCCGGCCACUGGUUCACCCGCACCGCCGUCUACUACGAGAACCGCCGCGUGGUUGGCUGCCGCUACUGCCAGCUCCCCAACGUCACCGACCUCCCACAGACCUUCGGCUACCGCCGGGCCUUCCGGACGGCGUUCCGGGCCCUCGAGAAUUUCACGGGCGUCACGUUCAUGCGGACGUUCGCGCCGUCGCACUUCGAGGGCGGGGAGUGGAACGCCGGCGGCGACUGCACGCGGCGGCGGCCGCUGGGGAGCAACGAGACGGUGCUGGACGGGGCGACGCUGGAUAUGUAUAUGACCCAAUUGGAGGAGUUUCGGGCGGCGGAGGGGAGAGGGAAUGAGAGGAUGAGAUUGAUGGACGCGACGCAGAUGAUGUUGCUGAGGCCCGACGGCCACCCGAGUAGAUACGGGCAUUGGCCCGAAGAGAAGGUGGUGUUGUAUAAUGACUGCGUGCAUUGGUGCUUGCCCGGCCCGAUUGAUUCGUGGGCCGAUGUUUUGCAUCAUAUGUUGAAGAUGGAGGCCCGAAGAUGGUAUGAGGAGAAGAAAAAGAAGAAGAUGCAGUAAUCAUUUUUUUUUCUUUGGGGGGGCGGGGAAUGUCUUCAUGAAAUUCUUUGGGUGGUUAAUUGUUUCUUUCGUUUCCUAGUAUAUUAUGAUAAAUUUGUAAUGUAUUGUGUGUCAGUUACAUUACAUGUAACAUGUACUCUCAUCUAUAAUAUACAAAAAGGGUUGUGAGACACUUAAAAA